AUGCUGUCUAGAUCUCUAGAAUCCGUUUCCAAGAUCACAAUUCAAUUACCGUGCGUGCCACGACUGCGACCCGGUCGAAUCGCGCGCCGAUCAGCGCUAGUGCCCGAUAGUCUAUCGCCAAAUCAAUUGUUCAAAGAUAUUGAAAUGUUGGUGUCGAAGGUACUGCAGCUAGCAAUUGUCGGCCUGGCGAUGCUCUGGGAGUGGAGGAGCGACGCCGCGCGUGCCGCCGUCAAGCUAUGCGGCCGGGAUCUCGGGGACAUCAUGAGCAGAGUCUGCCACGAGUACAAUAGCCCAUCUUGGGACGUGCCUACAGUGGUAGAACAACCCGCUGCAGUAGUAAGGCAAAAGAGAAGAACUGGGAUUGCAGACGAAUGUUGUAUCUACGGCUGCACAUGGGAACAACUCAGUGCAUAUUGUGCCAUAAGUGCCAAAUCAGAGUCACCGCUAAUCGAUUCAAUGGAGGCGCACAUGAUCGCGGACCGGUCGGCGGAGGCGGCGGUGGUGUCCCCGGCGGUGGUGGGCAAGGAGCAACACGCGCGGCGCGAGGUGGGACGCGGUCGCAGUCGCGGGUACGGGCGCCGGGGCCGCUGCUGGUGCCGUGAGAGACGCACGGGCCGGCGGCGAUCCUCACUCAUGGGAGCUCAUAAGAAAUGCCGCGCGCGCUGCGCCCGUGCUGGGCACCGUGUCACCACUUCUAACUUGGGGCAGAACACUCAACAC